CGCCAGCCAAUCAGAGGCGACCUACAACCGCGGGAGAUCCGAAUUUCGCGGGACGGAGUUUGGCGCUAAAAAGGCUAUUCAGCUGCACCUCCCGUGUCGUUGAAUGGAGAGGGGACACCCCGAGGUGGACGGACAGCAGUCACACACUGGGUCGGAAUCCGCAGUCGGGAGGAGGUUCGAGUUUUUGUCCCCGAGACGCACUUUCGACUCGAACUACUUAAAGUCCUGCAUGAUUGAAGAAAUCUAUUUAUAUUCGGAACAAUUUUUGUAUCUGCCGGUGAUCGUCGUGCUGGCUGCUUCUCUCCGCCUGACCAAUCGACUUUCCUGGGGAAAAUGAUGCGGGUGCCCAAAGGCGUAUCUCCGGCUGCUGCUCGGCCGGCAGUGGCGCUCGCCUCCCAGCAGAAAAUGAAGGUUUUAUCGUCCGGAGGGGUGAAGAGCAGCGACUUCUUCAGCACCGGGCUGUCCAGCCCGCCCAUGCACGCGGUACCGGUCGGGUAUUUCACGCAGAUCGGUAACACGGCUGCAGCCGAACAAAGAGCCCACAGCCUGUACUCAACCCCCCACGGACCGGAGGCUAAACCCAUCAGAUCAUCCUCCGGGCGGCUGCCGGCUAAAAGGAAACUGGACCUGGAAGACCCACAGUACCUGCCAGAGUUUCGGACCCCCAAAGACAAAGGCAUCAAUGCAGCAAGGAUACCAAGUCCACGAACGCCAAAGUCUCCAGGUGAACGGACGCGGUACGACACUUCACUGGGCCUGCUGACUAAAAAGUUUGUGGGUCUGAUCGCCGAGUCCCCUGAUGGAGUUCUUGACCUGAACUGGGCCACUGAAGUUCUGGAGGUGCAGAAGAGGCGUAUCUAUGACAUCACUAACGUCCUGGAGGGAGUCCAGCUCAUUCGAAAGAAGUCCAAAAACAACAUCCAGUGGCUAGUGGGAGAUGUAUUUCGAGGCGGGGCCAAUGGGGGAGAGAAGGCUUGCACCUUGAGGAGAGAGCUUGUGGACCUGGACAGAGCAGAGAGAUCCCUGGAUGACCUGAUCCAGUCGAGCACCGCGAAGCUCAAACAGCUCACGGAGUACAAAGACAGUCAGAGGCUGGGCUACGUGACGUACCAGGACAUCCGCUCCAUCGCCAGCCUCAGAGACCAGACGGUUAUUGCUGUGAAAGCUCCAGCUGAAACCAAGCUGGAGGUGCCAGACGCAGCCGGGCAGGCAGCAUUGCAGAUCUAUUUAAAGAGUAAAAAUGGUCCCAUAGAGGUGUACCUUUGUCCUGAGGAGGGCCUUGAAGACGCCAGCCCAGUUAAGAGCAUCCUCAACACGAGUAAGGCAUCUCCUCAAAGCCUCGGCCCACCACCAGAACCUCUGAGCUGCAGCAUUAAAAAGGAGCCUGCUGAAUUUCCAGUAAAAGCAGCACCGGCAGAACUUCUGAGCUGCAGCAUUAAAAAGGAGCCUGCUGAAUCCAGCGAAUCCACGCCAGCUCCAGCCGCCACCUCCAGCACCUCCCUCCUGGAUGUCGAGGGUCUGCUGGGUUUGCCUCCCAGCCUCCUCCAGAUCACGGAGGACCAGCUUCCUGGCACUUCCUUCACCUCUGAUGCAAACACUCCAUUUGUCAGUUUCUCCCCGCCUUUGGACCAUGACGAUUACCUCUGGAGCCUGGAGGACGGCGAGGGCGUCUCUGAUUUCUUUGACUCUUAUGAUCUUGGGGACUUAUUGAGGAGCUGAAGAAGGGCAUAAAAAGAAAAAAAAGGGGAGAAUAUGGGAUAUUUAAAUGAAUUACACUAUUAAGCCAUCACAUGUUUAUUUUUUUAUUCCUGUGGGAGGAUUCCCCCCAUUUUUUUGUUAACGUUAUUAAUGCAAAAAUCAUUUGUACAUAUUGUAAAGAUGAUUUGAUCUAUAGAGAGUGCUAUUUUUCUUUCUUAAAGUAAAAAAAUUAGUUUUUGGGGGGUUGGCUGUAAUACACAAAAGAAAACAAGAAUUUUUGUGCAUGUGGUAUUAAACAAAAAAGGAUAUGAGGCAUUCAUAAGGACAACUCAGGAUUUUCCAAAGUGUUUUGCCAAUUAUGGCCUGUAGGGGGCAGCCUUGUAUAAAAUCAGCUUUAACUUCCAUGGAGCUUUACAGCCUUGAAAACACUGGAUGAGAGUAAGCUAAAGCCAUAAGGAGCCACACAAAGAGUGAAGAAGUUCUAGGAAAAGCUGUGAAUGAACUCUUUCAGCUUUAGCGGUGCGUGUAUUCUGAAUCACACUGUAAAAAUAACUUUUUUUUGAAGGUGCUCACGUUGCUUCUGACGGGUCAGGUUUAUUCUCUACUGCCUUAAGCUUCAUAUUAAGUAAGCCAUGUGUGUUUGGUCCUGCACUUUGUGCCAAAAAAA